AUGGCGCCUAAGAAGAAGGGAUCCAAGAGACAGGAGGAGGACUGGGAGGCCGACCUCGGCGAGUCCGCCCCCGCCGGUGAUGCUCCGGCCGAGGAGCCCCAGGAAGGUGCCGGCGAGGAGGAGGCUCCCGUCGGUGGCCUGAUGGCUGCUCUCCGGAAGAACAAGGCUAAGAAGGCCAAGAAGGGCAAGCAGAACGACUUUGUCGAGGGCGAGGAUGCCCCCGCUGCCGGCGACGACCUGGCCAGCAAGCAGCCCGAAGAGGGCAACUUCGAUGACGACGAUGUCUUCGCCGGAAAGAAGACCAAGCCCAUCAAGGAUAUUCCUCAGCCCCCGGCUGAAGAGCCCGAGAGCGGCGAGUUCCGAGUGAAGAGCAAGAAGGAGAAGGAGCGUGAGAAGAAGGAGAAGGAGAAGCAGCGUAAGAAGGAACAGGCCGCCACAAAGAAGAAGGUUGCUCCUCCACCCAAGGCCGAGACUGCCAAGCCCGUCGCUGAGGUCAAGAAAGAGGAGGCUGCGCCUGCACCCGCCGCCGAGACUGGUGGUAAGAAGAAGAAGCUUCCUCCUCACCUGGCAGCUCUCCAGAAGCAACAGGAGCUUCUCCGACAGCAGCGUGAGGAAGAGGAGCGCAUUCUAGCCGAGGAACAGGCCACCGCCGCUAAGCAGAAGCUCCUCGAUGACGAGGAAGAGAAGAAACGUGAAGAGGCCCGUCAAAGGAAGAAGGAGAAGGAGAAGGAGAAGAAGGAGCAGCUCCGCAAAGAAGGCAAGCUGCUUACCAAGGCUCAGCGCGAGGCCAAGGAGCGCAACGAUAUGCGUAUGAAGCAGAUGCUGGCAUCUGGUGUCAAGGUCGCUGGUCUUGAGGAUGCUGGCGAGAAGAAGCGCCCCGUCUACGAGAACAAGAAGAAGAAGGCUGGCAAGAAGCAGGAGGAGGAUCUUGAGGCCGCUGCUGCCCGUGCUCAGGCUCAGCGUGAGGCUGAGGAUGCCCGUCGCAAGGAGGCUGAGGAGAAGGCCAAGGCCGAGGCUGCCGCUGCCGCGGCCGCUGCCGGUCCUGAGGAUGACGAUGCCGUCGACGACUGGGAGGCUGCUGCCGAUGAAGAUGUCAAGGACAGCUGGGAUGCUCCAUCCGAUGAGGAGAAGGAGGAGAAGGAGGAGGAGGAGAAGCCUGCUGAGAAGGCUGACGAGGAAGACUCCGAGUCUGACUCUGACGAUUCAUCUGAUGAAGACUCUUCCGAGGAUGAGGAGCAGUCUGCUAAUCAGCGGGCUGUUGCUGCACGCAAGGCUGAGGCCGCAGAGCGCAGAAAGAAGCAGCACGAGGAAGCUCUGGCAGCUCGUUCCAAGGACGAUCUCCGCUCUCCUAUUUGCUGUAUUCUUGGUCACGUCGAUACUGGUAAGACCAAGCUUCUUGACAAGAUUCGUCAGACCAACGUGCAGGAGGGUGAAGCCGGUGGUAUUACCCAGCAGAUUGGUGCCACUUACUUCCCCGUCGAUGCUUUGAAGACAAAGACUUCUGUUGUGAACAAGGACGGCAAGUUCGAAUUCAAGAUUCCCGGUCUUCUGAUCAUCGAUACUCCUGGUCACGAGUCUUUCUCCAACUUGCGUUCAAGAGGUUCUUCGCUCUGUAACAUUGCUAUUCUGGUUGUUGAUAUCAUGCACGGUCUCGAGCCCCAGACUCUCGAGUCUAUGCGUCUGCUCCGUGACCGCAAGACUCCUUUCAUCGUCGCACUGAACAAGAUUGAUCGUCUGUACGGCUGGACGAAGAUUGACAACAACGGAUUUGAGGACAGUUUGAACAUGCAGAACAAGGGUGUCCAGAACGAAUUCCGCUCGCGUCUUGAGGCUACCAAGCUUGCUUUCGCUGAGCAAGGUUUCAACUCCGAGCUCUUCUACGAGAACAAGUCCCUGUCUCGCAACGUCUCCCUCGUUCCCACCUCCGCUCACACUGGUGAGGGUAUUCCCGACAUGCUGAAGCUCCUCACCAGCUUGACCCAGGAGCGUAUGACCAACGCUUUGAUGUACCUGUCUGAGGUUGAGUGUACCGUACUGGAAGUCAAGGUCAUCGAGGGUCUCGGUACCACCAUUGACGUUGUCCUGUCUAACGGUGUUCUCCGCGAAGGUGAUCGUGUUGUGAUGUGUGGUCUGAAUGGACCUAUCACAACGAAUAUUCGAGCACUUUUGACGCCGGCGCCGCUUAAGGAACUGCGUCUUAAGUCUCAAUACGUUCACAACAAGGAGGUCAAGGCCGCCCUUGGUGUGAAGAUUGCUGCCAACGACCUCGAGAAUGCCAUUGCCGGUUCUCGCAUGCUUGUCGUCGGACCCGAUGACGAUGAGGAGGAUCUGGAGGAGGAGGUCAUGUCCGAUCUCGAGAACCUGCUCAGCCGUGUCUCCACUGACCAGCGUGGUGUCACUGUCCAGGCCUCCACUCUUGGUUCCCUUGAGGCUCUUCUUGAGUUCCUCAAGUCCUCCAAGAUUCCCGUUGCCAACAUUUCCAUUGGUCCCGUCUACAAGCGUGAUGUCAUGAUGGCAGGAACCAUGCUUGAGAAGGCCAAGGAAUUCGCUGUCAUGCUUUGCUUCGACGUCAAGGUUGACAAGGACGCCCAGGCCUACGCCAACGACAUUGGUGUCAAGAUCUUCACUGCGGACAUCAUUUACCACCUGUUCGACGACUUCACUGCCCACAUGGCCCAGCUCACCGAGCAGCGCAAGGAGGAGGCUAAGCUUCUUGCUAUCUUCCCCUGCAUCAUCAAGCCCGUUGCCGUCUUCAACAAGACUGACCCCAUUGUCAUCGGUGUUGAUGUCAUUGAGGGAAGUCUGCGUCUCCACACUCCGUUGUCUGCCAUCCGCACCAACGCUGCGGGUGUCAAGGAAAUUGUGGAUAUUGGCAGAGUGACAUCCAUUGAGCGUGACCACAAGGCCGUCCCCGUCUGCAAGCGUGGUCAACCCUCCGUCGCCGUCAAGAUCGAAGCCCCUAACCAGCCCAUGUACGGUCGUCACCUCGAAGAGAAGGAUCAGCUCGUCUCGCACAUCUCCCGUGCCAGUAUCGACACCCUCAAGGAGUUCUACCGUGCUGAGGUGUCAAUGGAAGAAUGGGGUCUUGUCAAGAAGCUCAAGCCCGUCUUCGACAUUCCUUGA